CGGCGCGGCCACCGACGUCGUAACGGACAGCAACGAUACCACGACCUCGAACCAGGUAAUCGCUGCCCAAAUGGAGGAAGACGUGGAUGUCUCCAACGCCGCCACCGUCACGGUCAUGGCGGGGCAGUCGAGCACCACGACCCUCACCGUGGGGGGCGGCACGACCUCGGUCCCGCCCACCACGACGAUUACAAUCACCAAGACCCUGACGACCAGCUGGACGGGCGCCUCCUCGACAUCGUCAUCAUCGACGACCUCGAGCGCGGCGACUGCGACUGCUUCCUCGACCUUCACUGUGACGCAGGAGGUGCUCGAUUUUGCCAGGGUGGGUGUGCUGUUCAUCCUGCAGGAGGAGCAGCUGAGCGACGCUUCGACGGCCCAAACGGCCCUCGAGUCAUUCUUUGAGUCCUCAGCCCAGACGGCCACCGCGGCCAGCAACAUCUCUCUCGCCAACGGGAACACGAUCGACCUCGUGAACUUUCACAUCGACGUGGGCACGGGCCUAGUCGGCAGCCUCAUCACCACCAAAAAGCGCGAGUUGGAUGAAGCGGGCUCUAUACAUCUGUAGAGCUGGCCCUGACUAGGCCGCUUGGGGGAACAAUCUAUAGGAAAAUGGGCAAGGGAGGAGUGGAAGAAGGAGGGUCAAAUGUCGAGCCAGAGAAAUGGGACAAUAUGAUGAGACAUGAAGACACUGGUUUUCUUUUUUUUGGAAGCAGGGAUACCCGUGAUCUCCCACU